UUUCAAUUGAAACAUAGCGACAAUUUGUACGUAAUUAUAAAUACUGUAUCUGAAAUUAUUAUAUUUAUUUCUGUUUACAAAAGACGUACACGGUAACAGAACAUGCAAGAGCGAUUUGAUGGUAUCACCAGUUAGUCUAACACUUCUGGAUAGGCUACUUUAUCCACACAAUCACGAUGUACCUAGAAACAUGAACAAAUGUUAUUUACAUAGAUAAAGGGGAAAGAUAUUCUACAUGAAUAAAAUCAAUCGACUUUAGACAAGGCGAUAGAGAUUAUAAAUAAUGCAACCUUUAGACGAAAUAUCGCUUUAAAUUAUUACCAUAGUAAUGUUUGCCGAUAGAAACCCGGAUACGUUAACUUUGCUUCAACCGUUUUAUCUAUUAUACUUAACAAAACAUAGAGUACUUGCGUAUGUAGAAGAUACGAACCAUAAUGAAUGAAACACAUCAAGUAAUACAAGGUAAUUCUUUGUACACUUUAUCGCGAAAAAUGAAAAGAAACGUUUAAAAGUUUGACUAGCACUGACGAAGGUAAUAUCUAAUUGAUCAUUAGAAAACACUAUCAUUAAACAAUAUUAAGUCUCUGAUUUUGAUUUAAUUACAGAGCAGAAAAAGGUGAAAAAUUGGUGAGCUGCGAGUAUUAUUGAAUGCAUAUUAAUCUAUCUAAUCUCUGCCUGAAGACACGUAUGAUCAAAGGUAAUACGUUUAUCAGAAGAGCAAGGUUUUUCAUGCAGAAAGAAAUCGGAAGAUUCACGUUGAAAGAAUCGCGAAAUGAAGUACAACCGAUGAAUAGAAAGGAACUUGUUUAGCAGAGAAUGCAAAGCACUUUUGUCUUCUCAGAUCGGUGGAGCACUGUCUGGUCAACGACCGUGAAAAAAUUCGCGUGUUUAACGAUACGACAGCACGCUGGUUAAAUUAACCGACUGUAUUGUGCUAGUCGAAACUGACGAUUCCUUGAUAUUUAUGUAUUCACGAAGCGUGACCUGUUUAAACGUGAAUACGAAUAAACGCGAGGUAAAUUGAAAUUUUAAAAAAUGCAACUCAUCGGACGAUACCGAGAGCACGUUUCAGUGUGCGAAUACGUAUAAUCAGGAAGGAUUACAUUUAAGUUAGCAAGAUAAUCAAACAAUAGCUAUAGAAGAUUAAAAUUCUGAAUGAUAAAAAUAAUAUAUAAUCGAAUACAAUUGAUGAAGAACGACUCAGAAGCUAUUAUCACUGGAAUUAUAGGCUUUUGAAAUACGUUUUUAUCAUACGUCGGGUCUGAAGAUCACGGCUUCCAGAGCACUCUGCCGCUAAAUCCAGAAAAAGGUACUUGGGUAUAGGAACACGACGAAUCAUUGCAUACCUGAAUUUUUAGUGAGUUCUUGGCUCUUGUCCCUUUAUUUCGCUACGAUGGAUACCGAUGUUGAGUCCUGUUUAAAAGACUGGAACGAUCUAGCAAAAGAUUACAAGGAAUUAGAAAUAUUCAAUAGGGAGUACCUUGCAAAAUUAGAAGAAGUAAGCGAACUACAAGCGAAAUGUUUAAAAGGAAUCUCACAUCAGAGGUACAGAAUGGGGGUAAUAUCAAAGUCACUGAAACAGUUACACGCAAGCGAAACAAAAAGAGGUUUAGACAAAGAAAUGGCAAGAAGAGAAGAGCAGUUACAUGAAAUAGAACAAACUUUGCCAAAAUCGAAUGGCACAUACCUUCAAAUUAUUUUAGGAAGCGUUAAUGUGUCCAUUUUAAAUAAAAGUGAUAAGUUCAAAUACAAAGAUGAAUACGAAAAGUUCAAAUUAAUUCUCUCUGUAAUUGGUUUCGUUUUAUCUGUAUUAAAUUUACUCACUAAUAUCAGAACAUUGGAACUUAGUUUCAUGUUUCUUCUAGUUUGGUAUUAUUGUACAUUGACAAUAAGAGAAAGUAUAUUGAAGGUAAAUGGUUCAAAAAUCAAAGGUUGGUGGAGAUUUCAUCAUUUUCUAUCGACCGUGGUAUCUGGUGUUUUAUUAGUAUGGCCUAACACAGGACCAUGGUAUGCAUUUAGGCAACAAUUCAUGUGGUUUAAUGUGUAUAUCAGUGUGGUACAAUAUUUACAAUUUUGUUAUCAACGCGGUGUUUUGUACCGUUUGAAAGCGCUAGGCGAAAGACAUAAUAUGGACAUUACCAUAGAAGGUUUCCAUUCAUGGAUGUGGCGUGGAUUAUCGUUUUUGUUGCCAUUCCUUUUUGCUGGAUAUCUAUUUCAAUUGUAUAAUGCAUAUGUAUUAUACACAUUAAUAUCCCAUCCAGAAGCAACUUGGCAUGUUCCAGUCCUCAGUGCCAUGUUUUUAGUACUAUUCUUAGGCAACAUAAUAACAACUAUCAUGGUAAUUCCUCAAAAAUUAAGACAACGCGUAAGAGAUCAUUUUCCUGGAGUAUUUACAUCUAAACCUGAACAAAAGAAAGAGGUAAAUGGAGAGAAGAAUGUAAAGGCUCAAAAAUCGAGAAACAUCAUGACGGCUGAUAUUUCGAAUGAAGAGCUACGCAAAGAGAUCGCCGAUAUCCUUGAGGAUGCAGACCUUACAGUUAUGACUGUUAAGAAAAUAAGGCUACAAAUUGAAGGAAAAUUUGACAUAGAUCUUACUUCAAGGAGACUGGAAGUGGACAAAUUAGUCAUGGAGUGCUUACGAGGAAAGCAAGAUGAAGCUAAGAAGACUGCUAGCGAAGAAUCCAAGGAUGGUGAAGAAGAAGAGGAAGAGGAAUUCGAAGAAGAAGAGGAAGAGGGAUACGAAGAAGAAGAGGAAGAGGUCUACGAAGAAGAAGAGGAAGAGGGAUAUGAAGAAGAAAAGAAACCGCUCAAAAGAAGUACUGCAAAGAAAGCAGUAAAUAAAUGUAAAAGAAGAUCUUCCAAUGAAGAAGAAAGUGCAAGUGAUGAUGAUGCUAGUGACGAAGAAUACAGUUCAAAGAAACCAAAAGCUACUCCAAAGAAGACAGGUAAACCUAGAAAGAUUUCGAACGAUGAGCUAUUCGACGAGAUCACCGAUAUCCUUAAGGAUGCAGACCUUUCAACUUUGACUACUAAGAAAAUAAUCCUACAAAUUGAAGAGAAAUUCGACAUAGAUCUUUCUGAGAGGGAAUGGGAAGUGGACAAAAUAGUCCUGGAGUGCUUACCGAUAAAUCAAGAUGGAAUUAAGAAGAAGAAGGCUGAUAUUUCGAACGAAGAGCUACGCAAAGAGAUCAUCGCUAUUCUUAAGGAUGCAGACCUUACAACUAUGUCUGCUAAGAAAUUAAGGCUACAAAUUGAAGGAAAAUUCGACAUGGAUUUUUUUGAUAGGAAAGUAGAACUGGACAAAAUAGCUAUGGAGUACUUACGAGAAAAGCAAGAUUGAGCUAAGAAGAAGAAGAAAAGAAGCCCUGCAAAGAAAGCAGUAAAUAAACCUACAAAAGGAUCUACAAAAGUUGUGAAGAAGGUUUGUAGUAUCAUCAAAGAGAGGAAUUUUUAUGAUCCGUGGCAAUUUGCAACGAUGAAUUAAUAAAAGUAAUUGGAGUAAAACGUUUCAGAACUUUCGGUAUGAUGAAGUACCUCAAAAAUCAUUUUGUAGAUUAAAUCAUCUAUGAGCCAUGAUCUCUGACCGGUUAUAAGCAUUGUAUAACAUAUUCCAAUGAUGCAAAGUGCAUCUCUCCAUCUUUCCACACGAUGCAUACAUAAAUACAUAGACAUAAAAACACAAACAUAUUUCUUGCGACUUAAGACGUUAGCCAUGUUUAGACCAUUCCGAUGUAUUCUGUUGUUCAUGGUAGCUGCUUUGUUCCGCUAAAUGUUUGCAGUGUGCUUUAAUUUAUGGGCAUUACGAAAAGCGUGGGUCGUUAACAUUGUCAAAGGCUGUCCAAACUGUGUACGCUGACGACAAGAUCCACAAAGCAGUAGCAAACCAACUUGUUAGAUUAAUAACGACCCUACGUUGGGAUAAAAUAGAAGAAACGGUACCAUGGACGUUCGGACGAAAUGUGGCAAACAAUUAAAAUGGCCAAUAGUCAAUAAGCUGGUUUUAAGUCAAUGUAAUAAGAAUUAAGAUUCAAUCGUUUGCCUGAUGGUACUUCGAAACAGCAGCAAGAAAGUCAAAGCAACGUAAAGAGGUCUUUGUAAUCAUUUUUAAAAUGGUCUUUUUUUAUUUUUUAUUGUUUAUUUUAUUACGCGAGAGAAAAAAAUAAAUACAGUGCGAUGAAAAUAAGGAGAAAGACGGUGCAAAAGAAAAAUCAACAUCCUGUACCUCUUCUGUAUAAUAGUUUCAUUAUACAAUAUACUGAAAUUAUUACUAAGUGAAAUUUAAUUAUAUUAUCGUGUAAUUACUAAUUAUUUUCGUAAUACAGGUUUCUUGGUGUAAAAAAAAAUUCACCUAACUUUUAAGAUUUAAUGGAAAAAGAAGAAGUGAAUAAUGUAUUUCAGCGAAGGUACGAUAUAUGCAUAUUAAAUAACAGAAAAUGUCACAGUAUGUGCAGCACUGCACAAUAUUUGAACUGUAAUACACAACCGAGCGUACAUACAUAUAUUCUGUAUAUAUACCAUUAUGAUAAUUUAAUUAGAGUAACAUAUACCGACGCGCACAUCUGUACAUUCUGUAUUCGCUGUACUGCUAAUAAUCAUUUGUAAUUGUAAUGCAUGAAACCCUUAUAAUUUAUACAAUAUAAAUAUUUUUUUGUUCUCAUUGUAUUUAUUAAAUUAUAUGUGUAAAUAAAAAACCGAUACCAGUCGCCUGAUAUUAAAGAAAAUAACAUUUACAAAAACA